AUGUCAACGAUUGAUCGAAGCUUGUACGUCAUUCCAAAUGACUCGCCGGUGUGCGAAUUGGACGCAACUGAGGCGUUCAAAAACUUGACUAAUGUUGAGCGAAAAUACGCGCACUAUCUCGCCAAGGCUUCAUUCGACGGCGCGCUCACGGUUUUCCUUCAAGUCUCGCCGGAAUCGCCGGCGAUUUUCUAUGUCCUCUACAAAUUGUUCAAGUCGGACACGAUCGAGAACAUCAAAUCGAUCGCGUUGGGCGUCGGAUUCACCGACGACGAAUGGGGAGCGUUGUUGGUGUACGCGGCGGCGUUCUAUUCGAAUUCGGGUAACUAUAAGGGAUUCGGCGACACGAAAAUCGUGCCGAACGUGUCGGAGGCGAAAAUCGCGGCGCUUUUGGAGAAGUCGAAAAUCGGACAAGACGCCAAAACGAUGAAAGUGUGGAAGACGAUUGAGAAGCUCGUUGGAUCAUUGGAGUCCAAUCAACUACAACUCGGAUUCGGCGAUAAUGGGACCACUUGCUACCAUUCUUCGAACGUCACCAAAGCCGAUGCGGAGAAAAUCGACAGAUUCUUCAAGGAGAAGAACAUCGAAUCGUGGAAUUCGCGACUGUUCAAAGAGGUCAAAGACGGAAAAACGAUUUUCACGGUGAAAUUGGCGAGCAGCGAUGAUGGCGUCGUUUCGGAAGCCGAUUUCGAGAAUGACACUGUCCGAUUGGUCCGUGGCGACUAUGGUCCGUUGAUGAAGAGAACUCAAGAAUGGCUCAAACAGGCGAAAGAAGUGGCCGCCAAUGAGAAUCAGAAGAAGAUGAUUGAGAAUUAUGUGGAGCACUUCAAAAAUGGAGACAUUAACCUUCACAAGAAUGGAAGCCGAUAUUGGAUCAAAGAUGUCGGACCAACCGUCGAGAGCUACAUCGGAUUCAUUGAGAACUAUCGCGAUCCGGCGGGCACGCGAAGCGAAUUCGAGGGCUUCGUCGCCGCCGUCAACAAGGAGACGUCGAAGAAAUUCCAGAAGCUCGUGCAAAACGCCGAAUCGAUUCUCAAACGUCUACCGUGGGGCGCCGCUUAUGAGAAAGACGCGUUUCUGAAGCCCGACUUCACCGCGUUGGACGUGAUCGCGUUUGGAAGCAGCGGAAUUCCGGCGGGCAUCAAUAUUCCGAAUUACGACGAUAUCCGUCAGAACGAGGGUUUUAAGAAUGUCUCGCUCGGAAAUGUGAUCUCGGCUCAACCGAAACAGAAAAUGAACUUCCUCGAUGACAACGAUGAGGAGAUGAUGUUCAAAUAUCAUAAGGACUCGUUCGAGGUGCAAGUCGGCCUCCAUGAGCUUCUCGGUCACGGCAGCGGAAAGUUGUUCCAGCGAAUGCCGGACGGCACGUUCAAUUUCGACAAAGACAACACGAAAGACAUUUUGACGGGCGGCAGAAUCGCCACGUGGUACGAGCCCGGCGAGACGUGGUCCUCAAAAUUCGGACCAUUGGCGUCGGCGUACGAGGAGUGUCGCGCCGAAGCGGUUGGCUAUGUGUUGUGCUGCGAUUCGGACAUUUUGGAAAUUUUCGGCUACACUGGCGAACUCGCUCAAGACGUCAAAUAUGUGAAUUGGCUGAGCGAGAUCCGCGCGGGACUCAUGGCUCUCGAGUUCUAUCAGCCGGACAAAAAGAAAUGGGGACAAGCGCAUUGCUAUGCGAGAUAUGUGCUCACCAAAGUCGUCUUGGAAGCUGGACAAGAUUUUGUGCAGAUUUUGGACAAGACGGGCGAUGAUGGCAAGCCGGAUCUUCAUUUCAAGCUGGAUCGCACCAAAAUUGAUAGUGUCGGAAAGCCGGCGGUGAACGCGUUCCUCGCCAAGCUUCAGGGCUACAAAUCAACCGGCGAUUUUGAAGGAGGCCGAAAACUAUUUGAAAGCUAUGGAAUUGUUGGCGAAAAGGAGCUCGCUUGGCGAAAAAUUUGUGUGGAUCGCCGAAAGCCGAGACGUUUGUUCGUUCAGCCGAAUACGAUUGAGAAAGAUGGAGACGUCCAAAUUUUGACUUAUCCAUCGGAUCAUGCCGGAGUCAUCAAAUCGUUCAUCGAGAGAUACGAGGAUUCCGCUUUGGAGGACAUGAUCGCCUGCUGGGAAGCCGAUAAAAAGUGGUUCGGCCUCUAA